AAUGCUUUUGUCCCCUAAUGGUGGUUGCAUGUUAGGAGACAGGGAUGGAGAGUCACCUCUGACCUCAGUGGACGUAGAUAAGCUUUCACGUGUCUGUGCAAAGAAACGUACAGUGAGAAAAUGUCCAACGUGACCUCUGUGAUUACAUUAGCCUCAAACCGCUGCACGUUGUGUGCUCUUAAAUAAGAUUGCUGUUAAUAUUCCUGUCACUGUGUCAGCCACAAAACGAUAAAGAGGCAAGGAGCAGAGGUGGCAAAGGUGGAUUAGUUUAAACACCUAGGUUCAACCGUCCGGAGUAAUGGACAGUAUAUAAGAAAGAUGAAGAAAAAAUGAUGCAGGUAGGGUAGAAUGGUUAGAUAUGAGCAUCAGGGGGUGAGAAACGUAUCAAUCUUGAAAAGGAAGAUUUAUUUAUUUAAGACAAUAGUGGAGGUCGCAGACACAGCAUGGUGGAGGCAGAUGAUUUGCUUUGGCGACCCAUGAAGGAAACAGCUGAAAGAAGAAAUAAUAUCAUCCACAAAACAGCUAGAUAUAUCAUCAAAACAGGUGUAGUCGACUAAGACUGUUGUUCAUUUCCAAUGUAUUUCUACAUAUUUUAAUAAUCUGUUAUUGAAUUAAAUGUCUUUAUUGUCUCUAUUGUUGUCUCUAUUGAUGAUGACCAAUGUUUUUUUUCUUUUCUUUUCUGAUUGACAGCUGGAUCUGAUUCACUUCGAUCUCUAAAAAAUGUAUUCGGUGGCAUCCCUCAGCAACAGUCUAAUGAUGCCUUCGCGUGCACCCUGUAAAAGCCACUUCUUGACUUUACGUUUGUUUGUUUCUGUUUUUAUUUUGUGCGCAAAAAAUUCUGAAAGAAAGCGAAAAAGGGGUAAAAAGAAAAGCAUUCAUUGAAUUUGAAUUUAAUCAUUUUUUAUAUUUUAUUCAUUUAUUUCAUACACAUUAACAGUUUAUUUUGUUGCUAUUCUUGCAUUAAUGCUUUCAUCAAAGUGUUCCCAACAGUCACAUUUUUAAAGUAUGCAAUUAAUUUGUCCAAUAAUGAUAUAUUAAAAAAUGUAAAUUGAAACAGCACGGUUUAAUAAUAUGUUCGUGGCUCCGUUCGUAACGUACAUUUUCCCGACACUAGACAGUGCAUUGAAGUACCCUGCGCUUCCGUUGACCAUAUUUGGGCGAGCAUCGGCGGCGUGUGAGCCCAGGAAAACAGAGCAAAGGGGCUGAAAUAAACGUUCACUGCCCCAAACCUCCCUCCGCCCCUCUUCUCCCGGUUUCUCUCCCACAAACGUAAAAAAAAACACUCAGUGACAGAAGUUGUUCGGUAAAAACAACAGCAUUCGCAGAGUCUGAGAAGAAAGAGCUACACUGGGAACUACUCUGAAACACAGUCAAUCACCAUGACAACGCUGUUGGACCUCAAAAGCAGUGUGCUUCGACAGGUGCAAAGGAGCCAGUCGCUAAGGAGCCGAAGGGAGACAGCGUCCACAGCCAGCAGCCCCCUCACACAAUAUCCAGAGCCCUUACCUCGCAGGAUUUCAGAGGAGAGUGUAGAGUUCUUUGAACGAGUGAAUGGUGUCCUUCAGAAACAGGAGAACUUGCUGCGGGGCGCGGAGGCUGAGUGCCAUAAAGGGGACUGCAUGGUGCCACCACCCCAGGAGCACAUGGACCAGGCUUUUAUCCCCGACAGGAUCAGCAGGACUGAGCUGGACCUGCUUUAUGAAGAGGCUGUGUACACAGUGGUGAACAGGGUGGGGGUACCUUCAUCCGAACAUGUGAAAAGUGACGAAGAGCUGUUUGCUUAUCUGCUCAAGGUGUUUGACAUGGGUGAAGAGGAACAUGAUAUCAUUCUUCAGAAAGUGCAAGAGUCCAAGAGAGCCACGUUUUCCUUGAGAGUCUCUGUUAUGAAGGCAAAGAAUCUGAUGGCCAAGGACGCGAAUGGGUAUAGCGACCCUUACUGCAUGCUCGGAAUCCUACUGGGCCACAGCCCCCGGGAGGUGGAGGAGAAGAAGGAGCGAAAGUUCAGCUUCAGAAAGAGGAGGGAGAAGCUGGAGAAACGCUCCAGCACCAAGGAGGUGUUACCUGCCCGGUGUAUCCAGGUGACCGAGGUGAAGCCGGAGACUCUGAACCCGGUGUGGGACGAGCACUUUGUGUUUGAAAUAGAUGAUGUCCAUAACGACCUCUUACAUCUGGACAUAUGGGAUCAUGAUGACGACGUGUCUGUAGCCGAAGCGUGUAAAAAACUGAAUGAAGUCAGUGGACUUCGAGGAAUGGGCAGGUACUUCAAACAAAUAGCUAAGUCAGUGCGCGCCAACGGAUCUGCAUCGUCGGGCUCUGAGGAGAACGCUGACGACUUCCUCGGCUGCAUCAACAUCCCUUUGAAUGAGGUUCCUGUCGGUGGUUAUGACACAUGGGUCAAACUGGAGGCUCGAUCAAGUGCCUCCAAAGUUCAGGGAGAUUGUCACCUUAUUCUGAAGCUCUUCACCAGCCAGAGAGACGUCGCUUUAUCUAAAAAGGAAUCAAACAUCUCCAUCCACAAGAAACUGCUGAGUCAGAUUGUGGAGUACGAGCAUGCUCAUGUUAAGAGAGAGCCUUACAACUGGACAGGCCAGGUUUGUCCUGCAGCCUGGACUGUGCUCAUCCACCAUGCCGUGCAGACUGAUCUCUCUGCUCUCCAACAGGCCAUUAUUCGCUGGCAGUGCUUCAGCAGCCACCAUCGCACCCAGAGGGUGUGCUACUCCCUGCUGCUGCGCCUCCUGAGGACCAUCGAUGCAGAGUGGGACCCUCCCGCUGUGAGGGGAGACCUGGAGAGGCAGCUGUCAGACAGCUUCAGGCUCUACAUAGAGCACUGCCUGUGCCAAAUGAAGAACAUGCGUCAGGUUUUCCCCUGCACCAGCGCCGCUGCCAUUACGCGCUACGAGCUCAUGCUGAGGGGGAUCGGCUACAUGCAGAACAUGCGGGCAUUUAAGACUGCGUGUCCCCUGCGGAAUGAGCUGCAUUUGGACAUCACUACUGUUGUCAAGAAAGGAACAGCCGAGUGGUACGAGACCGUGAUUGCACGUUAUAAACUGGAAGAAGGGAGCCUGGAGGACCAGCUAAAGAAGCUGGUUUAUGUAGUGGAUGCUGUGUGUGCAGAUGUACAGCGAGGCCAGAGAAUCUACAACAAACUCUUCGACAGUACUGUGAAGGUAGAUUUUUUCAGCCUAAUAUACAGGCAGCUGGAGAAGCAGGUAGCAGACGACGUGAAUGUUGCAAUGGAGCGCGUGUGUGGGACACUGGAACAGGAGAGCUCCAGACUGACACAAACAAUGGGCGAGACCAUCUACGAGCUGUUCAUGUCUUUGAAAAUCCUCAAAGGCUUUCGAGAGUUCCUUCCUCUCAAGGACGCCAAAAUGCUGGCUUUGACGGGUUUUCAUAACUGGUUCAAAUCCUCCAUUCACAAGUGGCUGCAGAUUGUUCACGAAAGAUCGUGUGACAGGAUUCGGAAGGCCGUGGACACAGACAAGUUGGAGUUGUUGCAGCAGGCCAAACAGAGCUCCUCAGCCAUGGAGGUGACAGCGUGCUUCAGCCAGGUACGUCAGAUCUGGCUGCAGAUGGCAUGGCCAGACUCUGCGGGGGCCUUCAUCUUUGUCACUCGCUUGACAGACAAUUUCUGCAGCGAGGCUGUGUGCUACUCCGAGAUGAUAACACGCAGGAUUGAGAGGAACCAGCUGGGCCGAGACCACAAGAGCUUCACAGUGCAGCUCUGCAUCGCCUUAAACAACAUAGAAUACGUGCGCGUGUUCCUGAGUCACCUGCCCCAAGAUCUGGCCUGGCACGGUGUGGAGCAGGCGAUGGAGGAAUCCUGCGGGAGCGAGGGGAAAGAGCAGGUUUACAAAGCUCUCAACGGGCAACUGUUCAACAUGGACCUGGACCUGCAGCGAGAAGCCAAACGACUAAUCACGCUCCUCACUGACAAGAUGAUGCCAGAGCUGCGCAGGUACAUCCAGCAUAUUAGUCUCUCCCCCGACUCCAUUAACAACGACGACGCCGUGUCACCUCUCAUGAAGUACCUCCAGGACACAAUGCUCAUCCUCACUGAAAACCUUGUGAAAGAGAACAUGACAAGGGUUGUCCAGAGCAUGUGGGAGCUGCUCCUCCGAAUGAUCACGGACGCCGUGACAGAAAACAGGGGCGUUCAGGUGGAAUUCUAUAACCGUUUCCAGUACACGGUGGAGACAGUGUUGCAGUUCUUCCACACUAAGGGCGAGGGUAUUUCCCUGGAAGACAUGAAGGGUGGUGACUACAAGGUCCUGGACCAAGAACUCAGGCUGAACAAGUGUUCCUCUUUCGAGCUGAUCGAACAGUACUACCUGGAGAAGAUUUCCUACCAAAAAACACUUAAACACACCCGCUUUGGUCGAAUCAGUGUCAAGUGCUACUACGACGCUCCAGAGCAGAGACUGACUGUGGAGAUCCUUCACGCGGCAGACAUCAUCGCACUGGACGCCAACGGUCUGAGUGACCCCUUCGUCAUAGUGGAGCUCUGUCCUCACCAUCUUUUCCCCAUGGCCAAGAGUCAACGCACGCAAGUGAAACUGAAAACACUGCACCCAGUGUUUGAUGAACUUUUUUAUUUUCAUGUCAGUCCUGAACAGUACAGACACAGGUUCGCCUGUUUAGCCUUCACGGUGAUGGACUAUGACUGGCUCUCCACCAACGACUUUGCCGGUGAGGCCUUGGCUCCUCUCAGUGACUUCUGCUGGCCGGGGAGACCGAACUCAUCAGCAGCUGGCAAGAGUGUGCAGCCGGUCAUUUUGCACCUGUCUCGCAGUAAACCCAGCGAGAAGCCAAUCAUGAGGAUGCUGGAAGCUCGCAUCGGGGACAGGGAGGCUCAGGAGUUUGUCCGCAGGCUGAAGGAGAUUGAGAAGUCUAUGGAGGAGGAGUGAAAUCCAUCAGUGCUGCCCGUGUCCGUGUUUUCUGAGCUCGUAUGGCAA